CGUCUGUUCACAGGUUUCAGUUGAGCUCUGCUAAAAGAACACGAUUCAGCAAUCAGCCCGUCGACUCUGACGCAACAGAAAGGAUUUGGGUGUUGUUAGGACUUCAGCUGCAAAGAAACAAACCAUUAAAAGCUAAAAUGCGACUCAGGAGACUCGAGGGGAGAUAAGAAGCGGCUGGUGGGUGGUGCAGCAGGGUGAAGUCCUCCCUGCAGAUCCGCUCGGUUCGCCGCCCUCGUCGUUAUCAGACGGUGGGGUUCAUGUCACUUACUGAUCGCAGGGAUGUGAUGAAACGCUGCACUCGACGAUCUGGAAGCAGAAACAAAGACUUCUUUCCUUCACGUGGAUGUCGACAAACCAAAUCCAUUCAGAAACAUGCAAGAAUCAGGAAGAAAGACUCAGCUGGUCUCCUGACUCACCUCUCACUGAAGGCUUUUAUUUUGAAACCAGCUGGAUGCAGUCAACUGAACAUGGCGCUGGUGUCCGAGUUUCUGGGCCAACUGACUCUGUCGUAUGGAGAGGAAGUCGAGCCCACAUUCCCCACCGUGGUGCCGGUGCGAAACUUCGACCCGGCCAAAGACGCUGCCAGGAUCGAGACGGCCAUCAAAACUAAAGGUGUGGACGAACAGACCAUCAUAGACAUCCUGACCAGACGCAGCUACGAGCAGCGGAGAGAAAUUGCCUUUGAAUAUGAACGACUCGCCAAGAAGGAUCUGAUCUCAGCCCUGAAGGGGGCGCUGUCCGGCUCUCUGGAGGCUCUGAUGUUGGGCCUGAUGAAGAGCACCGCUCAGUACGACGCCUCUGAGCUCAAAGCUUCGAUGAAGGGACUGGGAACAGACGAGGAGACCCUCAUCGAGAUCGUCUGCUCCAGAAGCAGCACAGAAAUGGUGGAGAUCAAGAAGGUUUACAGAGAGAUGUUUAAGAAGGAGUUGGAGAAAGACGUAGCAGGAGACACUUCAGGAGACUUUGCCAAGCUGCUGCUGGCUCUGCUUCAGACAAAGAGAGACGAACCCUCUAACGUGGUGGACUAUGAGAAGAUUGACGAGGACGCCAGAUGUUUGUACGAAGCCGGGGUGAAGAGGAGGGGAACCGACGUGGCCGCCUGGAUCUCCAUCAUGUCCCAGAGGAGCGUCCCCCACCUGCAGAGAGUGUUUGAGAGGUAUAAGAGCUACAGUCCAUACGACAUGAAGGAGAGCAUCAGGAAGGAGGUGAAGGGGGACCUGGAGAAGUCCUUCCUCACCCUGGUCGAGUGCUUUGAAAACAGGCAGCUGUACUUCGCCAACAGACUCAGUGACGCCAUGAAGAGCAAAGGAGCGAAGGAGAAGCUGGUGACCAGGAUCAUGGUUUCUCGCUGUGAAGUCGACCUGAUGAAGAUCAGAACAGAGUUCAAGAAGCAGCACAAAAGAUCACUGUACCAGACCAUCACUGAGCACACUAAAGGAGGCUACCAGAAGGCUCUGCUCAGUCUGUGUGGAGGAGACGACUGAGACCUGGACUCAGUUUCCCAGAAGGCUGACUGCUGCAGAUCAUCUUACAGUAUUGGAGCCAUUUCCUUUUUACUUUGAAGUGAAAUAGAUUAUGUCACCUCUGAGCAGCUUCAGUUUGUGAAAUAAAAACUUUUCGCCUGUG